AGAGGACGACUAUUCAACACAUCAGCUUUACAUACUGAGCACAACACACCACAACCAAGAGAGGAAGAGGAGGCCUGACUGAUGAGGGACUAUAUUCCAUUUCUACUUAGGGAUGGAUAAGAAUGGCGGGAAGCCAAAGACCUAUGUGUCUACUUUCCGUUUGGCCCUCAAGCCUCAAGCCAGACGUUUCUGUGUGGAGAAGCAAAAAGAAGAUGGACCGGAUGCAACUAAGAGGACGUUCAUGGGAAAGAACACACUGGGAGUCUCACCUGCAACAGACUCCAGAUUGACACCCGUCCAGGCGCUUGAAACGCCUCACUUCAAACAACCACUCACUGACUGCACAGUCUGCGUGGGAAGUGAUGCGUCUUUUCAAGGUGUUAUCACAGGAAGUCGACCUCUGAGCAUUUCCUGGCUACACAAUGGUAAAAGGGUGCCCUCAAGUAACACUUCCUUCCAAAAUGGUGUUGCCAGUCUGACUCUGACCCAGUGUUCACAUGGAGAUGCUGGGAUGUAUUCCUGCGUUGCUGAGAAUAAUGCUGGGAAACAGUCAAGCUGCGCUGUGUUACAUAUCACAGCAUCAAAGGAAAUCCUUCAAACAAGCAACCAUGAGCUGCACAGUGAGGUCACAUUUAAGGCUGCGUCACCCAAAAACACUCAACUUCCUACAGCUUCUAAAGAGAGAAGCCAGCAUAGAGAGGAAGGAGACAAAGUCUCCACAGCUAACAGAGAAACUAGCCCACAACCAAAAGUCUCCUCUCGUGAAGGACCUCCUGUGGAGUUUGUAGACCCACCAGAGCAGGUGGAGGUUCGAGUAGGAAAGCAGGCCCGACUACAGUGUAAGUUCAGGAGCAGCUCUGUCCCUGUGGCCUGCUGCUGGAUUUACAACAAAAACAAGGUGGUGGUAGGAGGGCCGAGGAUGUCUGUCCGGAGCAGUGCGACACAAAGCAACGUAGAGAUCUCUCAGGCCUGUCCAAAAGACACAGGCUCGUACACCGUCAUAGUACGAAAUGUGAAAGGCUCUGCCCAGCACACCGUCUCCCUCAGCGUCGUAGACCGGCCCGACCCACCAGCAUCCCAUCCUGUUGUUUCCAAGCUGUCCACUAAGUCCCUGGUCCUCUCCUGGACGGGUCCCAGCUACGAUGGAGGCACAGCCGUGCUGGGCUACAAAGUGGAGGUCAGACGAGAGGGUCAGAACGGGCCGGAGAGCUGGACCGAAGCUACAAGUCGUUGUAAAAACACGACCUACCACGUCCGCUCAGGCCUGGAGCCUCUGGGGGAGUACCGCUUCCGUGUCAGAGCCUACAACUCAGCAGGGGUCAGUGAACCAAGCCAGGAAUCUGAGUGUGUCAAGAUGGCGACUUCAAGAGAAGAAAAGAAGGAAGAGUCGGAGUCGUACGUCACAGUGACCAUUGACACCAAACACAAGGCCAAGGACCACUACAAUGUGCAUGAGAAGCUGGGAGUUGGGAAGUUUGGCCAGGUGUUCAGGAUGUCCCACAAAGACACGGGUCAAGUUGUUGCAGGGAAGUUCUACCGAGCCCGAACCUCCAAGGACAGAACGGCAGCUCGCAAAGAGAUGGAACUGAUGAACAGUCUUCACCACCCAAAACUGGUCCAAUGCCUGGCUGCCUAUGAGACGCGCUCCGAGAUGGUCAUGGUCAUGGAGUAUAUUGCAGGUGGGGAGCUCUUUCACCGCAUCGUGGAUGACAACUUUGAGCACACGGAGCCCACCUGCGCCCGCUACAUGCAGCAGAUCCUGGAGGGCAUGCAGUACGUCCACAAGCAGAACAUCGUCCACCUGGACCUCAAACCAGAGAACAUCGUCUGUGUGAAUACAACCGGUACACGGCUCAAGAUCAUCGACUUUGGCUUGGCUAGUAAACUGGAGGAGGACAAACCUCUGCUGGUGAUGCACGGCACACCGGAGUUUGUGGCCCCUGAGGUGAUCAGCUUUGAGCCUGUGGGCCUGGAGACUGACAUGUGGAGCAUCGGAGUCAUCUGCUUCAUCUUGCUCAGUGGAGAAUCCCCCUUCCAGGGGAACAAUGAUGCUGAGACUUUGGCUCUCGUGACUACCGCCCAAUUCGAGUUUGACGAAGAGAGUUUUGAGGACAUCUCUGAUGAGGCUAAAGACUUUAUCAGCUGCCUCCUGAAGAAAGACCGGAGAUGCAGGUUGUCAUGCACCGAGGCCCUCGCCCACCCCUGGAUGGCCUCUUUUACCCCAAUGAACCGCAGACCCACCAAGUCCCUCAAUAAGGGGAAGAUGAAACGCUUUCUGGCCAGGCGCAAGUGGAAGAAAACUGGCAAGGCUGUUUUGGCCCUCCAGCGGAUGGCUAAUCUCUCUAACAGGCCAGACUCUCCUGGCAGCUCCUCAGAGGAGCCAGGCUGGAGCCAAGAGGCAGAGGAGGCCAUCCAGUCUCUGGAUAAGCAGCUUCAGAGCGAGCCUCGCUUCCAGCAGGCCCUGAAGGACGCCAUCUUCCCCAAAGGAGCAACUGCUCAGCUAACGUGCCUCGUCAACGGUUACCCGCAGCCGAAGGUCAAGUGGCUUCAAAAUGAGAAGCCGGUGUCUGGAUCACGCAGAGUGACGAUGGAGCAAAAUGAAGACGGGCUCUGCUCUCUGGUUCUGGCUGAUCUGGAGCCUUCUGACUCAGGGGUUUAUGUGUGCAGGGUCGACAACAAGCUGGGGGAAGCAAUGUGCUCUGCCAAACUGAAAGUGGAGAUGUGACAGUGGAGGCAACAAGAUGAGAUUUUCUUCAUUUGGAAGGAGACUCUUCAGAAGGAGACUGAUGGGAGUGGUUUGACAAAGCCUGGGCUUUGACGGAUGGACUGUUCUUCACUAUUGGACAGAAGGCUGCUUACACAUAAAUUCAAGGCAAAAGGAUGCAUCUUCUACCAUCAAGUGGUUGGAUAACUAGGUUUGUACUUGCAUACCCAGAGCCCUAUCGUUCACCACACACCAUUUAGUCAUGCACUUACAAAGUCGUCGUUGUCGUCUUCUUUCAAUUUGUUGUUUGCAUGUUCAAUGCACAGAAACGAGGUGAUAUAAUGCAACGGUGGCUGAGCACCAUUCACACAAUAAGUCACAUGAAAUUGUACAUUUUGCACAUUUAAAUAUCGUUAAUAUGUAAAUGUUUUAAAGGCAUCACCAUUAAAGGCUGAAUUUGAAAAAGAAAA